AUGCCCCUUUACGUCAGCAAGGGGGAGGUGGCAAAGACAACGACGUACCUAUGGAGUAGCGUGCGUCCCCGCGGCGACAUCCCCCCACACGGCUGCUGCCACUCGCUGGUGAACUACAAGGAUGAAUUUCUCGUCCUCUUCGGGGGUGGGGCGCUUCAUUUUGUGUACAACGAGGUUUACUGCUUUGACCUUAAGACCUUCACGUGGACGUACAAGGAGACUGUAAAUGGGGACAUAGUUGAACCACGUAUUAGUCAUUCUGCCAUUGUAUACGGUGAUAAUAUGUACGUAUACGGUGGGUAUCAUUUAUAUAUGCCUGUGUUAUUUUCAGAAGUGCUUGUGCUUAACUUGCAGACAUUUACCUGGUCAUGCUUACAUCGGGCCCCACCAGAGCCAGAAGGCCCAGGAGAACGACGUCUACACAGUGCCCAUGUAUACCGCAAUCGCAUGUACGUUCUAAUGGGUGAACCGUGCAGCACCUCAACCUGUUUUUGGUAUUUGGACUUCGAUACGUGUACGUGGCAUCCUGUGAAAUCUGUGGGUGUCUUUGGAAAGCCUAUAGUGCCACUGAUCGGUCAUAGUGCGCAGGUGGAGGGGGAUUUUCUGUACGUCUUUGGCGGAUACCACACCCAUACGGCGUCUCCUACAGGAAACUUUGCCUACAGCAAUUCUCUUUUUUACUAUCACUUUCCUACAAAUGUGUGGCGUGAGGUACUGCCACCAUGUGGUCCUCGCCCCUUUCCGCGGUACUCCUCCGCGAUGGUUGUGCUGCAAGGACGCACGUACAUCCACGGCGGGGACAACGACGGCAACGUGUACUUUGACGACUUUUGGUACAUUGACACAAAUUUGCAGCUUCCGCGGUGGGUCGACCUCACGUUGAGUUGUGGCAAGGCACGCCCAAGUGCCCGCAGUGGUCACGCCUAUGUUCUCGCACAGGGCUCGCUCUUUGUCUACGGGGGAGAGUUGCCAGGUGAGACGGACGUACUUUACUACUCUAACCGUCUUUACCGCUAUCCCCUGGGCCUUUUUACGCAGCUGCCACUGACGGAGUUGACCUCCCGCUGGCUGGCGAAGUCCAACCAGGUGGACCUGCGGGUGCUGCAGGAACGCAUUCCGUCUGGGCUACGGGGGGCGUUGUCUCGCAACUCGCCGGAGGCAGUACCUGAGGACACUGAUGCACUCAUGCCGUGCACAAGGUCGCUGUGA